GCCACGCGGUUUCGAAGGCGAUGAAUGCACUUUGUGUGGAAGUAUACAACAAAAUAAUUUUGCUACCAACUGCAGAAGGAACCCACGGAUUACCUACACUGGGGUGAUAUGGUGUUUGCCAUUGGCAUCUUUGUAUAGCAUGGCAACCAAAAAUCUGGCAUAUGCACAUACAUACGUAUGCUUUUCCAACAAACGAAAAAAAAUGCUGCCCCGUGCCACAGGCAUAUUUAAAACUGCGACCGUUUGCUCGAUCCCAAAAAAACAAGGCAUCUUCUGUCGGCUUCGGGGCAUCGUAUUGCGCUUCAUUCUUCCUAACGUAAUUCGUUUUGUGGAUCGUAUUCACCUAAAGCUGCCUUUAUACGAUCAAUAUUGUUUUUCUCCAAACAAGCAAGUUGCCGAGCAAUUCAUCAAAAUGUUGCGCCUUUCAUACCACUCGCCACCCAACAAUGCAUACUAAUAUCUACGCGCUUUGAUAAGCUAUGCAAGGUACGCAAUAAGGCGUAAAUAAUAAACGU